UUGUAAAUUUUAGUUUUUUCAGACGUCAUAUACCAAAAAUUUAUAUUUUUACAAUGAUUUAUAAAAUGGAGAAAGCUUAUAAAAAGAACGCAUUGAUGUUUUCGAUUAAAAAUACUAUAAUGUUACUUUUUAUGGUGGGUACAGUAAUGGGGUUGCAUAUAUGGAUUGUUUGCAAGGCGCUUUCAGUGCUUGGUGACGUCACAACCGUGAUCGUGGUGAACCAUGGCAGACGUUCCUUGAACUGGCCAGACGAUUCUAUUUACUUGUUGAAUUGGGACAAACAUUUAGACACGAAAAGAUAUCAUUUUCGCUGCUGCGCCUCACCGAAUUGCAAAUUAACUAAAGACAGAAAUUAUUUCGGCGAAGAUUACAAAUACUUCGACGCAAUGUUGUUCAGUGAAAAAUAUUUAGAAUCAACAAAUCGACCGAACAGAAGCAUGAACAUGUUAAAUAUAUUUAUAUCGAUGCAGCCAGAUAUUAAAAAUGUUGUCUGUGACGACUAUUAUGACGAUUUCUUCAAUCUAACUUUUACUUAUCGACUUGAUUCCGAUUUAGUGUGGAAAUACUUUAUCGUUAGGAGCCUUAGUCGGGAUAUUAUAGCUCCAAGUUUAUCACCUGCUUGGAAUAGAAGUUUAAGCCCUGUCCCCCAAGACAUAAAGUCCAUUAUUAAAGGAAAAACUAAAUCUGUCGCUUACAUAGAUAGUUGCGGACUGGCGAACUUUACACAACCGUAUAUAUCUGAUUUACAAAAAAAUUUAGAACCGUAUUCUAUUAAAAUAUAUAGGUACAACUGUUCAAAUACAUGCGGGAAAGUAGCAUGUAAUAGGAUAUUUAAAAACGAAUAUAUGUUCUACAUAAUAUUUGAAGAUAUUUUCGCUGAGGAUUAUGUUACUAUGAAAAUAUUACACGCGUAUGCGGAGUAUGUGGUGCCCAUCAUUUAUGGCGGAGCUAAUUAUACCAGAUUCCUACCGCCCCAUUCAUACAUCGAUGGCCGUGCUACAAGCCCAAGUGAUAUCGCAAAAGUAAUCAACGAGUCGUUGAGCAACUAUACUAAAUACGAAGAAUAUUUUAAAUGGAGAAACCUGUACACUAUUGAAGCUUAUCAACCAUUUUGUGAUAUUUGUGAAGCGUUAAAAAAUAAAGUUAACAAAACUGGAAAGAAAGAUUUCAGGCAGUGGUGGAAUGGUAAACGCAUGCAACAAUGUUCAGUAACGUCUAAAAAUGUUACUUAUAAAAUCACUGAAGAUAAUCAAAUUCAUUAAAAGAAAACAUACAUAAAAGUGUAAGAAAAUAAGGUGAAUACGGUACUGGAAAAUUUUGACAGGGGCGGAUUUAUGUAACAAAGUAAACAAAUAAACCUGAAAUAACAAAAUGUGAUGUUAAUGGAAAUAAAAUUGUGAUAAUUUCUACAAA